AGCUGUUUAUCGCGGACGGGAGUGCAGUCGUAAGUUGUGGUUGUAUUUGUGCCGCGCGUCGAUCGCAGCAGCUGAGCUGUAGUCGUUGUCGCUUGUCGAACAAGCAGCGGCGCAUCCGGAAUAAAUUCGCAUAAUCGCAUCACCGACGGACCGCCCGCCCGCAACGCGACAGUUUCGUUUUCGCCACUCGAGUGAUAAUAACAAUACAAAAUCGUUGUACGUCGUCGCUGUCGUCGAACGUUCCAAACAUACGCGAUCCUCGCGUUGCCGAUCGCAAUAAUACUGACGCCGUCAUCAGCUUUCGGGCGCGGCGAGCUCGUACAUUUUUUUUGGGAAAAAACGAAAUCCGCAAUCGCAAGAAAUUGAACACACGGGCUCUCUCGCACGUACACGGUCGCGCGCGCACGCUCAGGCACACGCGAGCCGCCGAUAAUAAUAUCAUACUACGUCGCGAUUUAUAAUAAUAAAUCUAUAGUGCGUGUGUGUUUUUUUUCGUUGUUGUUGUUAUUGGUUAUUGCUCGUUCCGAAGUUUCCCGUCAGUGUGAUACCCGGUCGUGUCGGUGUCGUUUCUCGUUCGCCGUCGCCCGGAUUCCCCUGCCCCGUGUGACGCAAUUCGCCGAGCGAAGAUUCGCGAACGUCCGUCUUGUUGGAUUUGAUUUUUCCGCAUUCCCCGAUCGGAUUUCCGGCUGCCGAACACCGCCGACAGACGAUCGACGACACGAUCAUGUCGCUGAACACAGCUCAUGUGCAAGGUGGCGGUUGCCUGAUACACGCAGGCGAAUGCAUUAUUUUGUUUACUGAUGCUGUUACCAUUGACUUUCAUGGCCAAGAUGGCAGAGCAUUUCAUGGAUCUAAAGUGGGAAAACUUUUUUUAACUACUCAUCGUUUGAUUUUCAUCAACAAAUCUGACAAAGACGAGCUUUUAUCAUUUAGUAUGCCAUUUGUUACUCUUAAAGAUGUUGAAUUGGAGCAGCCAGUUUUUGGUUCAAACUAUAUAAAAGGUAAAGUACGUGCUCAGCCUAAUGGAAAUUGGGUAGGUGAAGCGAAAUUCAAAUUGAUAUUUAAGAAGGGAGGUGCUAUUGAUUUCGGAAGAGCCAUGUUAAGAGCAGCAUCAAUGGCUAAUAGUAAUUAUCCUGAAAUGGAUAAUCCGCCGGCCUACGCUCCACCUGAAGGUCCAUACUAUAUGGCUGAUGUUCCGUAUGGUGUACCUCCUCCUGGUUACUAUGGAUGGAUGCCUUCAACUGCAGCUUUCCCAGAUGCACCACCUCCUCAAUCUGUCUAUAGAACCGAUAUGCCUCCACCAUAUCCAGGUAUUAUUGGUUUCACUGGCAAUCCAGGUUAUGCAAGCGCUCCACCCGCACAAACAGCUCCACCUCCACAACUUUUUAAUGGACAAGAUGCAAAAGCAGCAGAAGCAGCACAAAGUGCAUACUUUGAUCCCAACAGACCACAGAUGGCUUAUGUUCCACCACCAUCAUACUAUGAACCUCCUCCACCUUACAAAGAAGCCGAAAAUAAGAAGAACGAUUAAAAUUACAAAAAAAAAAUGUCUACAUUCCAUUGAUUGUUUUUUAUAAUUUUAUUGUUUUUUUUUAAGUGGUAUUGAAAUAUGCAAGGAUCUUUAAAAAUGUGAUUAUAUUGCAUCAUUUCAACAGUUUAUUUAUCUUAGUCAAUAUGGGGAUAAUUACCAUCACAUUUAAUCAUACAUUAGAAAUCGCUCAUUAACUGUUUUUUUUUUUUUUAUAAUGGUUUUUAUAAGAUGAUGCUAGAGAACAAGAGUAGUAAUAUAUAAUAAUAUAUCAAAGAAAGGAUUGAAAAUUAUGCUUUAAAAUCUCAUGUGUUUCUGAGUUAGACAUUCAUUUAGUACUUAUUUAAAACAUACUUUUAGUCAAUGCAAUGUCUUUAUUUGUGUAUUCCAAGUAUGUCAUCUCCGCGUUAACACAUUAUUAUUAAUAUUUUCAUAUUAUACUACGUCCACUAUGUGUACUAUUAUAAUCACUAUUAAGAAAAUAUCAUACUAAUUAUUAUUGUCCUUGUAAAUAUUUUUCAUUAAAUGUGUUUUUUCAAAUUUUGUUGAAUAAUUAGAUUUCAACGAGUUCUUACAAUAUUUUUCCACUGUUGUGCAAGAGAUUUAUUGUAUUUUAUUCAUGGGCGAUUUCUAUUAUAUCCACAUGGUUAUUUUAUUCAAAUAUUAUACUAUUUUUAUACGCUUAUUUUGUUUCAUUUCAUUUAGUUAUAUAUAAAAAAACAAAAACAUUAUAUUCUUCAUAAUAAAAAUUAACUGAAAUAUUUUAGUUUUAUUUGACAUUGUAAAUUAUUUUCUUUUAUUAUUUUGGUGUACAAGGUAAUGUAUCAACUGUUAUUACAAUAAUAAUAAUGCUUCACCUCUUGGCUACGGUUAGAUUACACGUAAAAUACCUUAUGAGGCAAUAAAUGAAGAAAUUAAUUUAAUUAGUAUCAUAAUAUUAUUAUAUUUUGAAAAGUUAUAUUUUAUUAUAAUAUAUUAAAGCAAAUGUACUAA